GAUUGCGGAUGUGCGUAUGUGUAUUUAUGUGUGUGGCACUCCUCCUUCUACAUACCUAUCGUUAUCAUCAAUAAUUUCGACUGGUGAAAUGUAAAUGUGUAAACUCAAAGAGAAAGUAGUUACUUACUAGUUAAUACGUGCUACGUUUUUAGCGUUUUUGAGAAAGAAUACGUAGAAUUUAUUUCCAUUCCCGUAAGCAAAAUAUAAUGAUAGACAUUUCGAUGCGAAGUACAUCAUAGUUUUAGGUCAUUGUUAUUAUAGUAGAUAUUUUAAUAUUAAUGCGAAUAAAAUAAAAAGUUGAACGUCGUUCUCAUUUAUAUCAGUAUUUAUAAGGUAAAUAGGCUUUAAUAGCUUAACGAAAAAUUAACUAACAUAUUUUCUGUUUAUAAAAUGGCUCAAGGACCAGCUUUAGUUUGUAGACUUUUGGCUUCAUCAGUAUCUGUUGCUCAUAAAGCAGGUAAAAUAAUUCGUGAUGUUAUGCAAAAAGGAGAUUUGGGAAUAAUUGAAAAGGGUGAAAAUGAUUUACAAACUGAAGCUGAUAGAUCUGCACAACGUUGUAUAGUUGCAUCGUUUAAAAAUCUGUAUCCAAAUGUGAAUAUUGUGGCAGAAGAAGUUGAUAAAAUUAGUCAGAAUUUGGAUGUUCCUGCAGAUUGGCUAAUUACUGAUCUUGAUCCUAAAAUAUUGGAUUUAGAAUGUCCAAAAUCAUUACAGGAUGUUACAGAAGAUCAAGUAACAAUUUGGAUUGAUCCAUUAGAUGGAACAUCAGAAUUUACCAAAGGUUUAAUAGACCAUGUUACAAUAUUAAUUGGGGUAUGUGUUAAUGAUGAAGCUGUGGCUGGAGUAAUUUAUCAACCAUUUUGGCAAAACCAUGGUCGAGCUCUUUGGGGUCUAGUUGGUAGUGGCAUUGGUGGGUUUGAGUUAAAAGAACCCCCUCAAACAAAAAAAGUAUAUGUAACAACAAGGAGUCACUAUGAUAAGGCGAUAGAACAAUUUAUUGAUGGCUUAAAACCUUGUGAAAUUAUACGAGUUGGUGGUGCUGGAAAUAAGGUUCUUUAUAUAUUGGAAGGCAAAGCACAUGCUUAUGUUUAUCCUAGUGCUGGUUGCAAACGAUGGGAUACAGCAGCACCAGAGGCAGUGCUAAGAGCAGCUGGUGGUGAAUUAACAGAUGUACAUGGAAAUAAAUACAGUUAUAGCAAAGAGAAUGAGAAAGAUCCUUUAAAUAAAUAUGGAGUAUUUGCCACAGCUCCUUCUUAUAACCAUACUGAAUUCAUGAAACUAAUUUGUGACAUUCAAUCAAAAACUGUAAAAAAUGAUUAGCUUUUUAUUCAAUAAUUUCAAAUUAUGUGCAAUGAGUAUCAUGUGUUUUAUUUCAGUUGAGAAAUUAUUAAUAAACAAAUAGGUAAUUUUUAAAUUUCAUGUGAUUUAAUCUAAAAUUUAAUUUAAAAACACUAAAUUUAAUAGCUAAUAAUAAAAUAUAUUGAACAAAAUACAUUGUCAUAAAAUAUCAGAUAAACCUAACAAAUACUUUUGAUUUAGUAAAUAAGUUUAAUUUAAUAAUUCUAAUUUGCACACUGAUUUUCCAACACAUGUACUCUUACCAUAAUUGUACAAUGAAAUAGAUUGUACUAUAAGAUUUGCUUUAUAUAUUAUGGAUAAAUGUUUAUAUAUUUUAUUAUAUUAAAUAUUACAUAUUGUUUUUUUAAA